GUGGCAAAAUGAGAGGUUUACCGGAAGGUCACAUUUGUAAUUUACCGCACGAUUCCGGGACGAAUCUAGUUUCGAUCGGACCGGAAACAUCAGUCUGGACUAGAAUCUGUCGUCGUGUACGAAAGUGUAUGCUCCUUUCGCCCGAACAUCCGGAUACAUCAGCAUAUUUCAAAAGUUUCGCUCAAAUUGCCAAUGAAAACAAACGGCUGGUGGAGGAUUUUCCAGUGUACAUCAUUCAUCCGUUGAGUGUCUUUCGGAAGUACUGGGACAUUGUGAUGUUUAUAACUCUGACGAUUCACAUGCUAACAUUAUCGUUUGUGGUGAGUUACCUGAUAUACAUUGAUGUCGCUGACUUCCCGUGGAUCAUUCGUUUCGAUAUGGUGCUUUCGGCGAUUUUGACUGCGGAGGUCCUGAUGAAAUUCAUCACUGGAUAUGUGGUUGCCGAAACAAAAGAAGUUGUGCUUGAACCAGGCAAAAUUGUGUGGAACUAUUUGCGCUAUUUUCGAGUAGUUUAUGAUAUGCUAGGCGCAUUUCCGUUUAUAUUGUUUUUGUAUAAACUUGACGAGAGUUACUAUAACAAGGAGCCACUGUUCUAUUUGAUACUCAUACUUUUUCUGUACGUGGUCCACUUGUUUCGAUUCAUAGACAUUAAUCGCUACUUCGAAGUUUUACCGAAGUUCUUCAAUGCCAGUGAAAACAAGGUUAUGAUAAUGAAGCUGAUUAUUGCCACGAUUUACGUUCUUCACUGGACCUCCUGCAUUAGCGAUAUCUUUCCGCUCGUGGCAAUGAACUCACCCAUCCGAGAUCGUCCAUCCAAGGAGACAAUUCUCAUGAAUUCAUUUCUGACGGAUCUCAACCGAGCAUAUUAUCGUCACAUGGAUUUGCCGGGUUUUUUACAACUUAAACGGAACUUAGCCUUGAAGAACCCAUUUCCCAGAACAUUUCAGGAAUUAGUAUCAGCACCUGAUCAAGCGUUUGUAGUGCGGAAAAUUAAUGACGCUGUGCAGAACGAAACCCUGCUGCGAUUGUACAUCCGAUCGAUUAUGGAUUCCAUCCAUGUGGCGCUGCAGUCGGUUCACGUCGAAACAAAUGGACCCACAGUGACAUACGAUUUACUUACGUCGUAUUUGGUGUUUGCCGGAUGGAUUUGGUUAACCUAUGUCACACUGACACUGAUUCGGGUGAUUAUUUCCUAUGAUUUGAGCGAAACCAAGUAUGAUGAAAUUGUCAACGAGUUGAACGCUUUCGCUCACAACAAGAGAUUGAAUGCGGAAUCCAAGGAUAAGAUGCUGCGCCAUUUUGCCAAUCGAUACCGAAUGAAGUACUUCAAUGAGGAAGAAAUUCAAAAUACGAUCUCGAACAAUUUGAGACGCAGCAUCAGAAUGGAAACGUGCCAACAUUUGGUGAAGAACGUCGAACUUUUUCGGAAUCUACCUCACGCGCUGAUUGAGGACAUUGUGGACCGGCUGACGAUGGAGGUUUUCCUCGAAAAUGACGUUAUCAUUCAGGCCGGUACCUUCGGCGAUGCCAUGUACUUUAUCGCCAGUGGAACGGCGGCCGUUUAUUCGGUGGCAGGCAGGGAGCUGGGCCACCUGGUGGACGGUGCUCACUUCGGGGAAAUUUCUCUACUGAAACGGGACCAGAAGCGAACGGCCAACGUGGUAGCCCUGGAGGCAUGCGAGGUGUACAAGCUAUCCUAUGCCGACUUUCAGUUACUGAUUGAACCCCAUUCGAAUCUGCUGGGACAAAUGCAAAAAUUGGCCGACGAACGGCUGGCGAAAAUACAGCAAGCCAGAGAUAAGGUGUCCGAGGAAGAUGUGUAUGAAAAUUUUCUACAAUAAAGAAUGGUUUUAACUGAUUUUGUUUUGGACGCUAUCAAUUCUAUGUUAACUUUUGUACAUGAGUUCUUUGAAAAUACAC